AUGGGAAUUUCGUUUAGUUACGAGCAGAUUAUCCAGAUUUCUGAUCGGAGAUUUGUUCCUUUUUUGGGACAUUGCUUCGAUGACAAGGAUGAGAAGUUUCUGGUUUACAGAUAUACGUCAAAUGCAGAUUUAUCUUGUGCCUUGUUUAAGAAACCUGAUGACCAUAACGAUAGACUACCAUCGCUGGAUUGGAUUAUAAGGUCAAAAAUUGCAAUUGGGGUUGCUGAUGGUUUAGUAUUUCUACAUGCUGAAUGUGCUCCACCUCUUGUUCACGGGUACACCAUUACUCGAUUCUCCUUAAAUCUCGAAUGA